UUCUUUUUUACUGUAAGGAAUGUGAGCAGGUGAGCAGGUGAGCAGGUGCAUGCUUUGCAGACAGGCAACUAGCAUAUUCCCAUCAUAAGAGCAAAACAGGAGCAUUGGGGACCCCGCCGUGACAACAUAGGCCAGUGUUCAGGGGCAGAAUGGCCAACUUCAAAGGACAUGCAUUACCUGGUACAUUCUUCCUGCUGUUUGGCCUGUGGUGGUCAUUAAAGUGCCCUUUAAGACAGAUAUGGAGGAGAAGAGAAAGACAACAUGGAGACAGAGGGAACCAGAAGCUGACUCUAAUUUUAAACAGAAUAAAUUUAAUUGAAGGGGCUCUGAAGAUCUUCUUUGCAUUUGUUGGGAUCAUGGCAGAGCAGUUUGUGCCUGACGGCCCUCAUGCCCAUCUGUAUAAGGACGGCUGGGUGAAACUGAUGAAUUGGCAGCACAGCACCAUGUACUUGUUCUUUGGCAUCUCUGGCAUCGUAGAUGUUCUCACCAUGUCCUCUCUUCCUGUCCCAGUUGGUCUUGACCGUCUCUCUCUAUCCUUGGCUCUCUUUGUGGAAGGGUUCCUUUUCUAUUUCCAUGUGCACAGCCGUCCUCCUCUGGACCAGCACAUUCAUUCUCUGCUUCUAGUUGCGGUGUUUGGUGGUUCAGCUAUCACAAUGAUUGAGGUGUUUAAGCGAGAUAACACAGCGUUAGAGUUUUUCAGGUGCAGUUUAGCCAUCCUACAAGGCACAUGGUUCUAUCAGAUUGGGUUUGUGCUGUAUCCUCUGAGUGGACCAGAGUGGGAUCUGGAGAGACACGACAACAUCAUGUUUAUCACCAUGUGCUUCUGCUGGCAUUAUGCUGUUGCUCUUUUGAUUGUGGGCAUUUGCUACAGUGCUGUUUUUUGGUCUUCUAAAUGGUGUGUAAGGAGGCAGAUCGGUGACAUGGAGUUGGGCCUCAGGAAGACCACUCUUUCUGACUCCAGCUCCCAGAAGGCUUUGCUCCAGGAUUCAGAUGAAGAGUAGAUGGAGCCUUGAGCUUAGGCUGUAAAGGAUUUAAUGCACUGAAUGCAAAUGCAGAGUUUUAAGCUUUGCUCUGCUAACAAGCGGUCUUCCAAUAGGACUGAAUUCAUAUGCAUGAUUUAACACAAUGAUUCAGCAUCUAUUCAAACAAUCUUUUCCUCAAGUUAAUGAUGAAAAAUGGAAUUGUAAAUUAAGUGGUUAUCGCAGGUGCUGUGGCACCUUUCUCUUAAAAUAGAUCCAUGCACCUUUGACAAGCCAGCCACGUGUUUGACCUAGAAAGAGGUAAAGAACAGAACAAGAUAUUCCUCUAGAAUUUGUGCAUGAAUGUUUUUCACUUCAAAAUACUAUAAUAGAUAUAACGGAAUGGAAAGUAGAAAACUACAAGGAUAUUAUGUUCUUGUCACUGCAUGAGGAGACCUGGUUCUAGCAUGUAAAUGCGGUAACACACAACAGGCAAAUUAUUAGUUUUACAUAUAUGAUGUCCAGGGUUAAGCCCUAGAUUGCAUGAAGCAUCUUGUGUCUUAUCAAAAAUAUUCAAAUUAAAAAUAAUAAAAUCAGUUAAGUUGAGUGAAUGUAACAGUUGUUUCUCAAGAUUUAUAUUUAUUAGCAGAAUUCAAACAGUGGCUACUGUAUAUUAACAGUAUUUAUUAAAUUACACUUCUUUAAGAGAAUAUAAGAUACAGCACAAAUAAAAAAACUUCUUUCUCA